AUGCGUGUUCAUAUCCGUCUGGUCCCCCGCGACAGCGGCUCAUCAACACGUUCCCACGCUCCCUUGUGGCUCGUGGAACAAGCCACGAGGGUGGCUCGUCGCCCUCUGGACUCCAUUUCCCACAAGGCGAGUCACCUGUGCCGGCUCCUGGUAUGCAGCGGGCAGGGACCCCGCCGAGGUCCGGUCCCGAGCCGAGCGCGGGCCGUCGGCGGAAGUGAGAGCCGGAAGUGCCUUGGGCGUGUGCGGCGGCUGGCGGCUGGCGGCUGGCGGCGCUGCCCGCCUGUGACGGGGGCCCGCGGCCGAGGUGUGAACUCAGGUCUCCUGCCUCCCCCUGCCCCCUCUGUUGCUCUCUACACAGCACCAGAGGGGUCUUUACACCCUGAACAAACCCACGCAAGAGAGCAGCCAUAUGAGUGUCACACAUGCUGCAAGGUGUUCAGCCUCAGCUCAUCCCUGACCGAGCACGAGCGCUGCCACACAGGAGAGAAGCCAUACACCCAGAGUUCCUCCCUGGCCAAGCACCAGCGAGUGCACACCAGCAAGCGGCCCUACACGUGUGGAGAAUGUGGGAAGACCUUCAGCCAGAGCUCCUACUUGACCCAGCACCUCAAGAUCCAUAGUGAUGAGAAACCGUUUACAUGCGGUGAGUACAGGAAACCCUUCGGCAAUUCUUCAGCCCUGGUCCUGCAGCAACGGGUGCACACGGGUGAGUGGCCCUACACGUGUGGAAAAUGCAGGAGGACUUUCAUCCAGAGCACGUUCCUCACUCAGCACAAGAGGAUCCACACUGGGGAGAAGCCUUUUGUUUGUGGAGACUGUGGAAGGGCCUUUGUGCAGAGCUUCUCCCUCACCCUCCACCUCAGGACACACACCGGGGAGAAGCCCAACAAGUGCAACGACUGUGGCAAGGCUUACAUCCAGAUGUCACACCUCACUGAGCACUACCGGGUGCACACGGGGGGAACAGCCCUAUGCGUGCCAUGCAUGCAGCAAAGCCUUCAGCCGCAGCACCAGCGCGUCCACGCGGGUGCCAAGCCCUUCAUAUGCAGCCUGUGUCAGAAAACCUCCCGUGAGGCUGCGGCCCUUGUUCUGCAUCAGAGGAUUCAUGCCAGACAGGAGCCCUUUGAGUGUGACAAAUGUGAGAAAGCCUUCAGCUAG